AGUCACACACCAUCAGAGCUGCUGCUUUUGCAGAGCGCAGGAAGAGUGAAGUGUAAAGCAGCUCACCACAAAAACUUUCCAUGGGGGUAAUGAAGCCUGCAGGAAAUAAAAGGCCCAGACGAUGCCAUUUCCUGGAGCUGGACGCAGGCGCAAGCGAGUCGGUCAUAAGGUGAGGUUGCCCAAGAACAACUUCACUCUUCAGACGCUCUUGCAACCUCCUGAGCCAUCAUGGCUGGGGAAAUAGUUUAUGCUGAUUUAAGACACCCCGGGGAGAGCUUUUCUUCUGCCAAGAAGUGUCACACAAAGGUGGCCACUCUCACUCCUGCCUUGUGCCCACGGUGGCAUGGGGUCCUCCUCAAAGCCAGUGCACUGGGGCACCUCAUCCUGCUGGUGCUGGUGGCGGUGCUGAGCAGGCAGGUUUUUCAGGGCUGUCUGCAGCCGGCGGCGACGGUCGCUCCCCGGCAAGGCAACGAGACCUGGGGAAGGAACCACACAGAGCGAUGCGUGUUGGCAUCCCUGAUGGGGUAUUUCUGCAAGUCCCAGCAGGAAAACCGCACAGCCUGUGCUGGCUGCAAGCUGUGUCCCCAGAACUGGCAGCUCCAUGGGGACAUGUGCUACCAGCUUUCCAAGGAAAAGGGAGAGUGGACUCGGGGCAAGAAGGGCUGCGAAAAUCAGGAGUCUCAGCUGGUAGUGCUGCGGAAUGAGAAAGAAAAGGAGUACAUCAAGAAUAUUACAGGCAGAGGCACGCAGCCAGUGUGGAUCGGAUUAAUGUCAUCCCAUAGGAGCUGGAUGUGGGUGGACCACACGCCCUUUAACACCAAAAUGUUUGGCACGCUGCAGGAGGCGGAUGACGGGUGCGGGACGCUGAAAGACGCGAUGUUGGAGAUCGAUACCUGUAAGGGCGAACAUGAGUGGGUUUGCCAAAAAGAGCCCUUCCAGCUCUCCCCACUGAUGGCAGAAGGCGGGGAGAAAUGUGACGGCUCCAUCUGACACGUGCCCAUCCCACACAUCCAGCCUGCAAGACACUUGCUGCCAAUAUCUGGGGUGACGUCCGCCCCGUCUUCGCCCCUACGGCUCUGGGGGGGAUUUCAGGGUUUGCAAAUCCACUUCCCAUGUGGGUCAAGACAAUUCUGUAGGGGCGCAGAGCUACGACAUCAAUAAAAACCUAUAAAACCA